GAAGAAGAUUGAAUUACUUUAAUCAUAUACUUAUUGAUUAGUUAUGAAGUUUAUUCGUUAAAAACAUCAUUUUAUUCUUAAAAUGGCAUGGAUUAAUGCUAUUAUUAAAGUUUUUGAUGAAAAGUACUUGAAUAUUUGGUAAAUUCAUGAAAAGUUAGGCAAAGACUAUAAGGUUGAAGAGUUGAGGAAAUAAAGAAAAAAAUGAGAAAAUAAAUGAAUCUCUAAAGUUAUAUGAGAAUUAAA